UCAUCAGUUAAAACAAUAUCUCAAACAGUUGAUGACCGACACGUGGACUAACGUUGUGAUUAUUCUUCGUUAUUCCAAAUUAUAUUUGCGAUUAGCGUAAUUGGGAUUCUAGACAUAGUAAUAAAAACAUCUCGUUUGAUUAACGAUAGUUGCUUUUCCUAAUCUCCAGUUAGUCUCGGGAACAACGCGGUGGAUUUGUUGGUAAUUCUUGUAAAUCCAACUCUGUAGCCUACCCUCUUUGUAUGCAGUUGCAGCGUUUUUUUGCCAAUGUUGGUGAGAGUGUGAUGAAAACUGAAUCUACUUCUCAUUUGAGUCACUUCGCGUAUCGCUGUUGAACACAGAAAAGCAAUUUACCAAUAUAUUUAUGAAAAGCAUUUUAUCACAAUUGGUUUUCUCAUCUGAUGCUCAUCACAACCCAACUAAUCCAUGCCAGAUUGUCAAUCACCCUAGAUGCACUCGUCUGUUGUCAUCCUUAAAUUUUAGGAUAAUUAUUCCAUGGAAUUAAGUGAUAAUACAACUACAGGGACCAUGUCAAGAAGACUGGCUACUGAUUAGAGAUUCAGUUGGUUCAUUCUACUGUGCUAUUCAAUUCAAUCCACUGACUGGGAUGGCAAAUUUAUCAACUCACCAUAUGGUUUCCACCACUGAAGGCACUGAAACAUGGAAUUCGAGAUUGAAUUUCUCCACUCAGGAGUGUCAAAUGAACUAUAAUUUGUCCAAUAAUCAAACCAAGCAACAAAAUUCUCAAACAAAAGAUGGUUUUACUACUUAUUAUGUUUUAAGCAGUGGGGAACUGUCUUCAAGUUCAACAGAAAGUCAAGUUAAGAAAAAGGAAAUGCAAGAGAGGAGAAGAAAAAAGAAAGAAAAGAAACUGGUUAGAGAAGAGAGAAGAAGAAAAAAAGAAGAAAAAAGAAAAAAGGAAGAAAGAAGAAGAAAAGAAGAAAAAAGAAGAAAAAAAGAAGGAAGAAGAAGGAAGGGCAACAUUAAAAAACAUGCAGAGAACUUUAAUCUUACUUCCCCGGCUUACAAACGAGUUAAACGUGCUAAUGCAUCUGAAAGAUUUGCCAGAAACGCACAUGAUGACAGUAAAUUCAAGGAUAUUGCUACCUGGGUAGCUCUCAAGGCCACACGAACACAAUUAAUUGAUGAUGCUUGGGUAGCCCCUUCCUCCCUUAACUCCCAGAACGGCGAAGUUACUAAUGACUUGUACGAGGCCAUAUCAAGCGACGAAGAUUCUCUUCUAGACUUUACACCGACCCCUUCUGAAGCCAAUUUGACGCUUCCCUCCAAUGACCAAUCCGAGUCCGAAGUAGUGGGAUCUGUGAAGAAACUGUCCAGAGAGGAAUUAGAAAAAGUCGCCAUCAGACACAUUGCAAUGUGUGAAAAAUAUACGAAAACUGAACUAGAAUUGGACAUUUGUAAAGGAAGGGAAGAAACCUUUCAUAGCAUGAUUCUUGAAUUAAACCAAGAGGUCAUAAAAUUAAAAUCCAUGAUUCCGCCAUCUAAGACGACUCGAUCUAUCGGUGUGCAAAUGCAAUUGCAUUCCUCGUCUGGACAGCAAAACAGUUCUUCAAUUCCCUAUCCCUUCCAGACUCGAAUAAAAAUCGAACAAGUUGAAGGAAACAGCGACAAGGAGUCCAUCGCAUUGAACGAAAUUUGUUCAAAUAACCUUCAUACCCACCCUUCAUUUUUUGGUAGCAGUGUCCUGCGUACGCCAGUAUCGUCAGUCAAUGGCAACCAAAUCCAUUCGGUUAUUAAACAAGAAAAAAGUUAGAACAUUAAUCGUAGCAAAAGUGUUUCAAGUGACAAGAAACGGGGAAAUCGUUGGGAGAGAGAUUCCCAUCCUCCUGUCAAUCAAUUUCAGCCAUGAUCAUCAAAUUAGCUCCAGUCCCAGCUGUGUUCGUUGAAAGCUCAUUCUAAGCUCUGUCUUUUUUAUUUUAAUACCUUUAGCCGGGCAAAGAAAAAAGAAGGUCGUUAAAAAGCAAAUUAUUUCUCUAAGUAUUUCUCCAAGUCUGUUGUUCGUGGAAUAAGGAGUCGGAAAAAGCCAGAAAAAGAAAUUUUCGUAAUUAGUUGAGAAGCACUUUUAAAAUCUUUGUAGGCCUAAUAUUUUUUAUUUUAACAAAAAAAAGGAAAGAAACAGGAUAAGGAAACAGAAAAAAGUUUGUUCAAACCAGGUGUUAUGUCUGAUUCUCAAUAGAAAUUUCGGUUUGCAACUUUUUUUUUUUUUUUUUAAUAGUCAACUCGUUAAUACCACGUAUUGCAAAUAAGCUGAUACCAAAUCUUGGCCCGAUUUUAAGUCUUCGCAAAAAAAAAAUUUAAAUGUCCUAUCAUAAUAUUAAACUUAGCAGAUUGUUUCGUAUUGAUUGCCAAUAAUGUGUCUAACCUUUUCUGUAAAAAUUUUUCUGUUAAUUGUUUUGGUUUAUUACGUUGUCCUGUCCAGUAAGUCUUACAAGGAAUUAUACGAAUACAAUAACAUAUCUAGA